UCAUUCAUUCUUAAACUAUAAUAGGCUACUAAUAAAAAGUGACUUGCGAAACUUUUGAAAUUUAGGUACUUUAAAUCUGUAGAACAUCAGUAUAUAAUUAUUAUUGCUUUUUGGAUUGGAAAUCUAAUUGAAUCUUAAUAUUAAGAAAUCCGUAAACUUAUUGGUACUUUCAGAAUGCAAGCGAUUAAAUGCGUUGUCGUUGGAGAUGGUGCUGUCGGAAAGACUUGUCUGUUGAUUUCGUAUACAACUAAUGCGUUCCCAGGCGAGUAUAUACCUACGGUGUUUGACAAUUACUCUGCAAAUGUGAUGGUCGAUGGAAAACCAGUGAAUCUGGGUCUCUGGGAUACAGCCGGGCAAGAAGAUUAUGACAGGUUGCGUCCGUUGUCGUAUCCGCAAACCGAUGUGUUCCUGAUAUGCUUCUCACUGGUAUCUCAAAUAUCUUUUGAAAAUGUUCGGGCUAAAUGGUAUCCAGAGGUAAUUCAUUACUGUCCAAAAACGCCUAUGAUACUUGUAGGCACGAAAUUGGACUUGCGAGAUGUUUCCAGUGGCGAGCAGACAAGAGAUAGAUCGAGAUCUUCGCAUGUGACUACCGCACAAGGGCUUCAAAUGGCUAAGGAAAUCAAAGCAGCUAAAUAUUUGGAGUGUUCUGCCUUAAAUCAGAAAGGAUUGAAGAAUGUUUUUGACGAAGCCAUCAGGGCUGUGCUGAUUCCAGUGAAGAAAGAGAAAAGGAAAUGUUUUGUUUUGUAAUUUAUAACUCGGAACUCUUCAUGAUCAUUUCUCCUCUUCUGUAACCAAUCAUCGGCUCAAAAGUUUCAAUAACUUGGAAACAAAAUUUCUCCCUUAAUUUAUUUUUCUCCCUUGAUUGUAAGUGGUUUUAUUGAAUUUUAAAAGGGUGCAGUUACCCUUCUGUCUUAAAUGUCGAUGAAUUGUGUUUGUGAGUGGAGACAUUUAGAAGAAAUGAUCAAAUUUCUAUACAUUUAAAAUACACAUAAAUAAAGUUUCAUUUGAUUUAAAUCUACUAUGUGAGAUGUUAUUAGUAUUCUAAAACAACUCUAUCAGUUCUGAAAGACGAGUAGUUAAUUCACUUUUUCAUUUAA